GAAAACCUCAUUUUACAUAUUUAACAAUACGUUUUCUUGAAACAAUCCAAAGCCUCACAUCCUGAAUGUUUGCUCUGAGCACUGAACGCUUCACAAUAUUUGAAUCGUUCCGCCAAAAGAUGCUAAUCUCUGUGUAUUUCUCACAGGAAACGAGAUGCAUAUAUAUUCAUUGUUAGUUACCUCAUUUACGCUUCUGUGAAUUUAUAAUUGUAACUGACACACUGCAUAUCCGCAAGGUUUGUUUUUGGGGACACUUCAUGCUAUUCUUAUUCACACGAAAGAUUUAAAAUUCCCGGCCACAACUGUCAUUAGUACUUCCGCUCGUCCAAUCGGGCGCCGAACCGGACGUGCCCACCGCGUGUGACGAAAGGGAAAUGAUUAUUACUCAUCCCUUGUUAAAUAUCACUCGCAUUAUUGGAAUCCUAACAGUUGGUGGUAAGGUCAUUUAGCUUUCGCGGUAGACGGCUUAGGGUCAUUUUAGAUCUCAGAAAGAAAAAGAAGCCACGUAUUUUACCUCUCUGUUACAGAAAUCGCAAUGAUGGAUUUCACUGUAAACUACUCUACCAGCCCAUCCACGGCGACAGUACCAUGUCAUUUACCUCUUGGACACAUUGCUGGAUUACUGUCGGUGAAUAUUUUGUCUACAAUUCUUGGCACGAUCGGCAACGUGCUGGUGAUUGGUACAGUUUGCACGAACACCAGUCUACAGAUUAUUUCGAACUUUUGGUUGGUAAGCAUGGCUGUUGCUGAUCUAAUGGUCACCGCGCUCGGACAACCGAUGUUUUCGGUGUUUCUCGGUCUUCAAGUGAAAAGCGAAUGCCACGAGGGGGUUUCACAAGCUUUCCGUCUGAUCGCGAACAUGUCGUGUUCCGCUUCAGUCCUCCAUCUUUGCCUCAUCAGCAUUGAUCGCUGUUUGGUUAUACUUCGACCGCACGACUUCAGAACUUUGCGAACGAAGAAGAGAUUCAAAAUAGCAUUGGCCAUCGCCUGGACCCUGCCUGUCGUCUAUGGAAUUUUGCGCCUCACGGUCAGCAAGAAAGGCACGUCUUAUUUCACAGUCUUUGCUGUUGGCAUCUGUUACCUCAUAAUUAUUUCGUGCUACAGUUUAAUCAUUCUGAAGGUCCGAAAACAAGGAACGGCGACUUUAAAACGCUUGCGUGGCCAGUCACGCAGGAGCGCAUCAUCUGAGCAUAUGGUGGAGCGUCGCGUGACAGCCACGAUAGCCAUCGUUGUUGUGAUUUUCACGGUCUGUUGGUUUCCCCUGCUGUACCUGCGCUCUGCCUUUGCUGAAGAUAAUUUUGGCGUGGCUUACAACUGGGCAAGAACACUGGCUUUGAGUAAUUCAUCGAUGAAUCCGUGGAUUUACUGCUUCCGAAUCGCCGAGUUUCGUGACGCUUACCGCAGACUCAUGAAAUGUCAAUGGAAACCGAGUAGGUGCGUGACUGGGUCCGCCGGUGAUCGCGAUCAGAACGACAUGAACACAACAACACAAUCCAGCGAUCUGGAAACACAGAAUCAUACCGUUUACGUCUGAUAUGAUCCGUGAAGAGCGAACUAACCUCAUUUUUGUGGUGACUCUUGAAAAAAAGAAACUAUUAAAAUGUUAGCAUAGCUGCGGUGUACUACAUGGUAAAACUAGACUUGACCAUCUUUGUACCAAAGUGUAGAAUUGCAUUUUCUGUUUUGUCUUUUUGUUCAAAUAUGUGAUAUUUCAUAUCAGUUCACUUGCAUAAACAACAUUGUCAUUGUCGACAACAAGGCCUCAAAGGAUGAGUCUCUAUCAGAUAAUAUUUUCUUCGUCAAUAUACUUUGUUUUUUAUCACGCAAAACAAAUUCUGUAUAAAGUCUAUAAAAAUAUGUAUAGAAACAACAAAAUAGAAUGUAGUCGGUUUAUCAUGAAUUAUUUCAAUUGAGAACUUAUAGUAAGGAUUACGCUAAUUUUAUGGGAUUCCGUUUUGUUGAUGCCGUGUUUUCCAAUUUUUUUUUUUCUUUGCCUUAUUUCUGAUGCAACAUUAAUCGUUAGUUAUUGCUUGAAAUAGAGAAAGUUGAAAUCUUUUGUAUAGGGCUGCGUCUCGUUUGUGCAUUAGCGAAAUGGAAAAUAGCAGUAAUAGAUUAAAGUGUAUUUACUAGUAAUUAAACCAGAAGAAGCAACUGUGUAGUGCAUGUUCAGUUCGCAUUCGCUUUUUGGAAAUGUUAAAUGUGGGAACAGUUAAAUUUUGUAGGGUUUUCCGUUCAAUUUGAUUAUAUUUGUUGACUUUGAAGUAACAAGGAAUAA